AUGGGGGAUGGGAUGGAGAUAACCCGGCCAUCGCAGGUGAGAUCACCGACUCUGGGUUCAGCUGCAUGUCAGGUGGAACUCCCACAAUGACCCCUGUUUUCACAGUCCACACAAACAUGAAACUCAGAUCCAAUCGCCCCCCUCUUUGGUUGUCUUUCAAAUCUUUUCUUGUAUUGUUGUGGCGUUUUGAAGGCUGCAAAUAUUUAUAAUCCCCACAUAGCAGACACACAAGACAUAACAAACAACCGUCGAAGACCGCACUUGACGCCAGUAGUGCCCUAAAAACAGUCGUUGUUUGGAUUGACAUGAAAACAACAAUGUUGAGUCCAUAUAAGUUCAACUGGCGAGCGAUGAAAGCUAGGCUAAUAUCCAAGCUUACCGGUUGGUCAGAAAACUGCAUUCCGUACAUUCCUCUCCCUGUUCUGUCAGCUUAAGAUCGGCGCUGAGAGACUUUUUCACUAGAGUGCCGUAAUUACUGUGGAUGGAAGGCAACAGGAAAUUGUUAUUCGCAAACUACUUUGUCUCUCUCUCCGUCAAAGUGUGCGGAGACGCAACCGUGGUCGAUCGGUCAUCCCCCUCCUUAGGCUUGUCUCUGUGACCGACAAGGGAAGCCAGGUUUGGGAUGGAAAACAAGCUAGGCCAUGCCUCUAUCGCCGCUACACAGCCAGGCAUUAGGUGUCAGUCAUCGGGAAUGACACUUUGUUAGCACGUCAACACUCGAGAAGGAGGCCAGAGAGGAAAGAACGUCUCAUUAAAAACUAUUUGUGAUUAAUAUUUCCAUGUCGCUGCUGAGUGAUUGGAGAGGUGUGUGUGCCCCUGUGUGUGUGCCAGUGCAUAAGGUGUUUGUGCAUGUGUGUAUACAUGUGUGUGUGUCUGCGCGUGAUUGUGUGUUUAGGUUUAUGUGUGUGUGCCCGUUUCAAUCCGGAAUGUGCAACAUAUUACACACACACACAGUGACUGACUGAAUGAAGACUGGCAGGUUGAAACCUGCUGAGCAAAUUACUCAAGGCUGCCUAAUCAUGCAUUGUCUGUGGUAGAUGAUGACUUUGGAGAGGAAUGAAAAAACUCACCCCCCUGUCAAAAGAGUCACAGUCAGUGAGGCCUAGUGGAUUCAGUCAGACCCUACAUGUAAAGACAAGCUGACGAGGUCAUGACGAUUACAGCUCCUCUUCUUUAUAUGACCAUCAAUGUCAUGCCUAGUUCAUCUUACAAAGUCAUAAACACAAGUAGAAGUAUCUUAAUUGUACUGUUUCCCUUAUGAUCUACUGUCGAAGUGUCAAGGAAUCUAUGUGUUAUGUAGGAUCGGUCACAUAUGGAUGAUAAAUUGUAAUGUGAAUUAUACACAUACCAAUUUCUGACUCAAGGCAUCUCUAUCAGUGAUUUACGUUUAUGUACGUAGGAUAGGACUUAAACUGUUCUAUAUUUACCAAUGGGAAAGUUAUUGUGAAUGAAGAAGUAGUGGGAAUAGCAGCCCUUUCCACACUGGCCCUCAUAUCUAAGCACUGCAUUGCUUCCCCAGCUACAGCCUAUCGUUUUUCUCAUGCAAGUGGCGACCUCUGCUGGUAUAAGAACGAAACAUCAACUUGUUUAGCUUUCUUGAAACCAACACCAGCUCAACAUUUUGUCACAUUGCACCUUCCUGAAUAGACCGCUGGCGUCAUGACACCUUCUUUCAUCUGUAACCACAGGAGGUUGGUGGCACCUUAAUUGGGGAGGACAUGUUCAUGGUAAUGGCUGGAGCGGAAUCAGUGGAAUGGUAUCAAAUACAUCAAAUACAUGGUUUCCAUAUGUUUGAUGCCAUUCCAUUCGCUCCCUUCCAGACAUUAUUAUGAGCCGUCCUCCCCUCAGCAUCCUCCACUAUGUAACCAUCAAAACAAUAUAACCUUGACUAGACUAGACUACUAUUUCCCUCUUCUUGUGCUGUUAUCUGGGCACCAGCCUUUAUUUUAAUGUUGAAGAAGAGUAUGUCGCUCACUAUAUUGUGCAGGUAGUUACAAUAGAAAGCAACUACCAUAAUGUCACGAAACCACAUACUGUACACUGCAUUAUUAUUGAAUGCAAUAACAUGAAUUGUUAUAAUUGAAACACGUGCGAUCUAAUGUGCAAUACAUGCAUCAUACAUGCAAUAUAGCCUACAGGCCAGCAGAGGCAUAGGCUAGCAUAUAGGGCAUAGCAGCAGCAAAAAUACAUACUCCUGCUGCAUAUAUACAUUAUGGUGUCCUUAUGUGACCCCCCAAAACACACCACACCUCUGCGGUUCUCAAUUGUAGGCUAGUGAUGUCAUCAACCAAAUCUCACCCCAGACUUGAUCAUUAGGAUAGGCUACACGUUAUGCAACAGUGAUCAUUAAUGGGCAAAAGAUUACGGCGCAGUCAAUCUAUUUUAGUCCACUAAAGCUUAUUAGCGGACUAGACUGUAGUGCGAGAGAGAGUGGUGGGUGACUCCCGGGUGAGACUGAUAGAUAGCGGACCCGAGUAUAACUGCAUAGCGGAGCGCGUUUCUGUCCUCCGGGCUUGCGUUUCCCUGAGGUUGUUGCACCGCUCUCUAGGUCCUUCUCUCCCCGUCUAUCUCGCCCUGAACUCUUUUUGCCUGGACUCGCAUAGACAGACGGGCGGACAUACUGUAGUGAGGGGGACGGACCCGUGUUCACCAUGUUGACAUUGUUGACAGCGAUGUAUAUAGUGGUGCAGGCGGCAUCGUCGGAGGUAAGACGCUUCUCCUUGACCGCACCAUCAUACCAGUUGGGCUCUCAAACUAAAUAUAAAGGCUACCUUUGAAUAAACUACAGUUGCAAAUUUGACAUUGACUCUCCUCCCUAUAGCCUAUGUCUUGUUGAAUUACCGCGAGAAGCUCUUACAAAGCUAAUCCUAUAGGGUAGCCUAGUGAAAUAUUUGGUUUAUUCGGAUCCCCAUUAGCUUUUGCCGAAGCUUCAGCUAUUCUGUCUGGGUAGUAGACACUGUCGACUAGAAAAAUAUAGCCUCAUAGGCUACUAUUUUGGGGUAUAUAUCCGUAGGCUAUCCCUCAGUCAACAAUACAUUCGAAUUGAGUAGCCUACUCUGAGUCCUACUCAUUCAUAAUGUAGCCUACAGACUUGAACAAAGUGUCUGUGGCUGGACAGUCCUGUCUGUGUGACCCCAUCAUAAUUAAUGAAUGGACUGCCUCCCUUCCGCAGCUUUGGUAAAGAACGCGAGCGGGUGUUCAUUGCAGAUUACACCAUGGCUAACUCCUUGCGACCCGGUGCGUCAGACAGGCGCUGCCUCCAGGGGAAGUCAACUAUUUUCACCUGGCCAUUAUGUAACAUUAAUGCCCCACUUCCCACAAUCAUAAUGAAACGGAUCUAAUUAAGCAAUAAGGCACGAGGGGGUGUGGUAUAUGGCCAUAUACCACGGCUAAGGGCUGGUCUUAAGCGCAACGCUGAGUGCCUGGAUACAGCCCUUAGCGGUGGUAUAUUGGCCAUAUACCACAAACCCUUAUUGCUAUUAUAAACUGGUUAGCAACGUAAUUAGAGCAGUAAAAAUAAAUGUUUUGUCAUACCUGUGGUAUAUGGUCUGAUAUACCACGGCUGCCAGCCAAUCAGCAUUCAGGGCUAGAACCACCCAGUUUAUAAUUAGUUUUUUUUAUAUCUGUUUGCAUAACAAUAAUCACAUUUUCAGCCAUAUAGCGUUUGGUUGGAAGGUGUAUAUGUGUGUAUCCUGUAUAUACGACUAAUAAAACUUAAAUAAAGGUUAAUAAUAUUAGGUAACUAAGAGACGUUAUAUCUGCUGUAUCAAAUACUAGGCUGCAUGUCUGUGUUAGGUCCUGGUUGCUUGAUGUAACAGAGUAGACAUUAAUAAUAGAUACAAGUCAACAGGCUUAGUUCUUGAAACGGGUUAUUUUGAACCCUCUGAAUGCAUCCCCAGAGGAACAUGCCAGAAAGGAUGGAAUUAUUUCGCUUCCAAACUAAAUUGUAUUCACUAAACCUAACCUUGUUCUUACCCCCGCCCUAGAACAAAAAGCUCUUAUGCCUGCUCAUCAGUUGUGAAGAUAGUGCUACUUUUGUCUGUUCUAUUGCCAAGCAUCUUGUGACUAGUCUACCAGAGCCACAUCACUGCACUUGACUUCAAAUGACCCCACUCUUGACCCCAGUGGAGGCUACAGACAGACAUCUUGUUCCAAUAGUUAAACCAAUAUGGACAAAUCUUGUCCAGCACUUUCACUUAUCAGUGGUCAUGAAGCAAUGAGGUAAUGAAAGAGAAGUGUCUCCAUCUUACAGACAAUGGCCAUUAAUAGUUGCUUGGUAGUAAGUCACAGAACCGACCUUUGACUCAGUCUAAUCAGGCUUUUGUUGGGUGUUUGAAUGAAUUGUUGCUUGAAAUAUUGUUAAUCAUAUAAUAGUCGGUCUUAUUAACUUUAAUUAUAAGCCAUUAAUAGAUCAUUUAUAAAGCAUGUUUUUGAUUUGCUGAACAUUUAUCCUGUUGGUAGGCUAAAUCUUUAUAGCAAAAUGCUGUGUGCUGUAAUGUAGGUGUGAUGCAUUUGUAAAACCAAACAUAGAUUGAGAUCAGGGUAUAGGCCUACUCUGGGACAAGGGGUUGAAUUCAUUGGCUGAAUUCAACUUGGCAUGGGCUACCAAAAAUCCACUAAUAACAUCCCAACCCAACUCUAAUGUAUAUCUCUGAUUAAUGAAGUGUAUAUAGAUUAAAAUGUGUGUUUUCUUUAAAAUAGAUUUUUAAAAAGCUUGGCCCAGUGCAAAUACUAUGCCAUCCUCCUUCAUUCAUUGAUUAGGCUACAGUAAGAACUGCAAAUAAAUGUGUACAUAAAAUCCAUAGGAUACUGUCUAUCCAGCCCUUCUAGAGUAGUGAUGAACGUCUGCUAAUUUAUUAAAAAGUUAUUUUAAAAAAUGUACGGCUGAAAGAAGCAAGAAGCAAGGUAUUAGUAAAACGAUACAUUUGAACGCGGCCCAUACUCAGGUUUUUUAGAUCUAUGGUCCAUAUAAGGUCGUGUGGGCGUGGCCUAAGAUAACAACGAGCUCGCGCUGCAGCGGUUCUUCAUGGGGAAUGUGUUCGUUUUCGUGACUUGGGCGGGUAAAAAGAUGAGCAUCAGUGAAUAUUCAACUACAGAUCCCAGGACAGGAAUCCAGUGCGCCACCGCGUGACAUUUCAAUACAAGCGCAGAGGUGACCCUUCUGUUUAGUCCUAGCGGGAGAACAGUGUUUGCAGGCUUUACUAGAUCCUCUAUCUCAAGUGAAUAUGGUAGAUGUUUUAUCUUGUUGCUGUCAGUUAAAGCUAACUGUUAUAUGAAUGAUGCAUCGAAAGUGUUAGCUAGCUAGGAAAACAGAUGCUUGUCAUUGCUGAUGAUCAAAUGUGGUUUUGUGUCCACUUGUCAUUGAAGCCGGGAGCUAGCAUCAGCGGUUAAUCUAAUGUUUGAUCAAAGAUUAGUCUGUUGUGUCAGCAAAGAUUUCUGGCUAACGUUCACCAUCUCUUUCUGAAGUCGUUUGCUAACGUUAGUCAGAAAGAUGGCCAACCAGCCAUCUUGUGCAGUGAGAAGAAAGAUGAGGAUGUUGGAUUUUUUAAUAGUCUCUAGCAUACAAUUGCGAAAUGAAGAGAACAAAGUACCCGAUUAGGAAAUUGUUUCUGCUUUUUCACACUAGCAACAAUGUAGCCGCGGUGCCUUCUCUUUUCAGUCGUUAUGGCUACAUUGUUGCAGUAGCAGACUUUCGCGCUUGGCAUUAGUAGAAAAUUGCAUCAUCGUCUUUCAUUCAUUCAUUCAUUCAUGAUGACAAUGGAUAUCAAGAACAGCUUGAGUCGCCCAUUUUGAAGAUAUUGGACGCGUUCCUCUGCCCAGGCGUUGCUGACGCAUGCCAUAUCUUACAAUGCCUGGAUAGGUAUUUUAUGUAUCAGCUAACUACAGCUGUUAUAGCAAUCUGGCAGUAAAUGACAGUCCACGAUGCCGCACGCAACCAUUGGUUGAUGCAUGCAACUUCUGAGCAGGGGAACUCGACCAACAUAUGGGCGCUGCGUGAAUCAACCAAUGGUUUCAUGCCACGUCAUCCACUGCGUCAUCCACUUACCGAUUUGCUAUAACAUAUGAUGUGGUAAGCUGAUAUGUAAAAUACCUAUCCAGGCUUUGAAAGAUUUGGCAUGCGUCAGGAACGCCUGGGCAGAGGAACGUGCCCCUUAUGUGGAAUAUAACUUCAGUAAAAUGUAAAAGCCAUACAUAAUAACUGAAUAGCCUACAUAUAGCUCUUAAUCGUUGCUCUUUCAAACAACAGUUAGCGUUAUAUUGCAGAAAACAGCAAUAAAUGCACUUUGUGGGCUAAUGCAAAGUGCGUUUCCAUCUGUCGACACUGAGUUUUGUCCUUUUAAUCAACAUAGCAGUCAGAUGCGAUUACUGCCGCUUCAGUUGCUUAUCCCAGCUAUGUAGGUCAUUACUGCUGUGUUGGAAGAUUGCACAGAGUGAGUAUGGACCGUGUGUGUUUUUUUGCAGGCCGACCCAAUCCGUGUGCUGGUGACUGGCGCUGCUGGACAGAUCGCCUACUCUCUGCUGUACAGCAUCGCCAAGGGAGAUGUCUUCGGCAAGGACCAGGUAACACGGCCUAGGACUACUUAUAUCCGCACACUCUCUCUUUCAAAUCAGCUUUGGCCUCGAGAGAGCACAGGAGGCAGAUGGAUGUUGUAAUAUGUAGGCUAUAAUGACGCCGUUACAUAAGCAUGUGUGAAUUAUACAUGGGAUGUGAAUUUUUGGCAUGAGGUCGGGAGGGGCAGAUUCUUAUUUUUGUCAGUGGCUUAAAGAAGAAUAAAAAAAUCCCUCUUUGCAUUUGUUUCUUUUCCAGCCCAUCAUCUUGGUCCUGCUGGACAUCUCUCCCAUGUUGCCAGUUCUGGAUGGGGUUGUGAUGGAGCUGCAGGACUGUGCUCUCCCACUCCUGAGGGGUGAGCUAUGCUUUUCUAUUCUGCCUGGGCUGGCCGUGAGAACAUAUGAGUGAGAACAUAUGCACCCAUUAUAAAUAGGCAUGCUUUUUGUAUAUUUAAAAAUGCAUUGCGUGUGUAUGGACUGUAUAUGUGUGUCUCCCUGCUGCUGCGGUACUUUUCCAAUAGCCCUAACUUCACAGCAGCAGGAAUGGUCAACCGCAGACUGCUGUGGGAAGGAGUGUCAGAAAGGAGGCCUCCUAUUAGUCUGUUCCCAAGGCCCUAUAGGAAAUUCCAACCAAUCCUGGGAGUGGUGGGGCAACAAUAGGGGAGGCGGGGUACAAGACAUCUCUUGCACCAGUGAGCCCUGACUGAAGUUCAUCCUGAUAAAACAGGGAAAGAGUUUUUCGUGAGUGGCCACAGACCAUACAUUGUCUAUGAAAUCAGCCCAUUUGGCAGUGUUUCAAGGAACAAGACAAUUUAUCAGCAAGGUGGAGCCACUGAGUGCUAGGCUAUUUGUUUGGAAAUAACCUGGUGUGUGUGUGUGUGUGUGUGUAUGUUUUCCACACAGAGACUGUUUGUUCUUCCCUUGCAUUCAUGUACACCCAGAUGAGCCUGAAAUGGCAGUAUAAUUAUUGUAAAUGAAAACUGAAACUGCCACCACACCUACUAUUUUACUAACUUUAGCAGACAUUCUGCUUGAUUUGUCUUAAAAUCAUAAUUGUAUUGCUUUUAUGUCAAAUCUGAAUUUCAUGUUCAUUGCUGAAUCCAAUACAAACAUACAUCUCUCCACAAAUGUGGCAGUAACACUAAACGUUGGCCACUACAUCCACUCUAUCCAAGACAAUAUAUAUCCAUCGUAACUAACAGUCACCGCACCAUCUUCAUCCACAGAGGUCAUCCCCACCGACAAGGUGGAGGUGGGCUUCAAGGAUCUGGACGCCGCCAUCUUGGUGGGCUCUAUGCCCAGGAAGGAGGGCAUGGAGAGGAAGGACCUCCUGAAGGCCAACGUGGCCAUCUUUAAGACCCAGGGGGCCGCCCUGGAGAAGUACGCCAAGAAGACCGUCAGGGUAACUGUCCCUCUGUGUGUCUAUGACUCGGCAUGUUUUAGGGCCACUGCCGCAGAGCAGCAGCCUGGCUGGAGAGAGAGAGACACACACCCUGUACCAAAUAGAUAGCUGUCAUUGCUAACGAUAAUCAAGGGACAUGAAGGCACCACAGUACAGCAAAGGCCAGGUUGUGGGGCGUUGAAUGAUGUUAAGGGAUGUUUUGGGGAAAGGGUCAUCAUUUGCUUUUACUGAUGGAACAUUUUAGUGAGAUAUAUUUUUUAUUUAUGUUAAAGACUUUAUGUAAUACCUCUAGUUCUAGGACAUUUGAAAUGAACCACUACAUAUUUUACAACUUUCCUUCCUUUUAAAGUCAUACAAACCUUUUGACAAAUCAGACUAUAAUUGGACCUUUUCACAUUUCAAAUGGGCCAGUUUUAUUGGACAGCCUUAUACUUCGAUGGUAUUGGUGCAAAUUCACAUUUUUAAAGGCUUUUAAUCCUGUGUGGAAUGGGCUGGGUUCCAAAGUCAGGGAUGAAAGCUACUCCAUGCUGUGUUGUGUGUACACACUGCAGUCACUGGUGUCACAAGGGGGCCUUUGGCCACUGCGGUUUGCAGCAACAACGACACGUCAGUGUGACGAACAAAGCCUCAGCUCUUCUAUGGCCAAGGUCAACUACUUCUGAUCCAGGAAUGUGUGUGAAUUUGAAUGGGCAGGUUUCUAUAUGUUCUAUAUAGCUACAUAAGAACUGGAUGGCCAUCCUCUAAAGUAAGUGUGUUUUAGAAGAAGAAUACUUUAUUAAUCCAUACCAGAUGGAAAUGUGUAUUCUACUUUACCCAAUCCCUCAGAGGAUACGCACAUACACACAAGUACCCACAUUGGGCAGAAACAGUGCAGCGGCCCGGUGAGCAGUUAAGGGGUUAAGUGCCUUGCUCAGGGCCACAACGGCGGGUGAUGUUAUCUUUCUAGGAUUUUACACCAACUCAUCUUGGCAAAUGAGCCUAAUGUUGGCAAGGUAGCACUGGCAGCCAAACACUCACGUACACACAGCAGUCCCUUUAAAUUUAGCUAAUCCUUGACCUUCAUUUAAAGGGGAUGUAUUCUGUGUGUGACAUCUAUCUUAUAUUGAUUUAUAGGCCAUUUUAGAAAGUGUCAGCAUUUCCCUUAGCCAUGACUCAUGUUUCUCAGUUGCACUGCUACUCUUUCUGAUGAUCCGCCAGCUCUGCUUGCAUAAACCAAGUGUAUGCUUUUAAUGUAUAAAUAGUGACAUACAAUGACACAAAUGAAGAUGAGGACUUAAAAUAGGACUUGUAUCCUACUCUUGAUUUCUACUCUGAAAUUGAGCUGUUCCUGAACCUGUAGUUUGAGUGAGGGAUGACUCUUCAACGUUUCUAAAAUCUCUCUCUCUCUCUUUCUCUCUCUCUCAGGUCUUGGUAGUGGGAAACCCUGCUAACACCAACUGUCUGAUUGCGUCCAAGUCCGCCCCCUCCAUCCCCAAGGAGAACUUCUCCUGCCUGACUCGUCUAGACCACAACAGGGCCCGUUCCCAGGUAGGCCAAAGCCAAAAGGCCCCGUCCAGAAAAGGCGACUAGUUCCUAGCCUCUAGGCACUUGAUGUAAGGUCCAAUCCUAAAUGGAUCCCUAUAACCUAUGCACUUCUGGAUAUCUGAGAGUAUUAGGUGUGAGCAAAAUGAUUGGCUAGAUGGAAUUUUUACCAUACUGCUUAAACCUAGUCAAUCAUCUUAUCUCCACAAGUGCAUAGGGUGUAGGGGCUAUUUCGAUUUGGAAUUAGAUCUGAAACAAUUGAAUGGGUAUACCAAUAUGGGCAAAAAUCCCAUGAAUUGCAUCACAACCUGUGUCGGCCUCUAUAAUUAAAAUAUAAUAUGCCAUUUAGCAGACGCUUUUAUCCAAAGCGACUUACAGUCAUGUGUGCAUACAUUUUUACUCUAGGUGGCGAUGCGUUGUGGCGUGCCCGCCGAUGCAGUCAAGAACGUCAUCAUCUGGGGCAACCACUCAUCCACUCAGUACCCUGACGUGCACCACGCCAUGGUCAACGUGCAUGGCAAGGAGGUGGAGGCGUACGACGCCGUGAAGGACGACAGCUGGCUCAAGGGAGACUUCAUCUCUGUAAGUGAACUCUAGUUUUGGCUCUUCUGGCCUAACCCAUUUUGACACAAUUUCCCUUAAAAAAUUUACUAUAUGACAUUUUAACAAUUUGCUUCAAAAGGCAUGAUUCUGCCUGUUUUUUUGAUGGCUUUGUUUAUGAAAAUGUUCAGGGCCUCAAACUGUACAAAUGUACCAAGUUUCAUGCUUUUAUGAAAAAGUAAACAAUUCCACCCCAAAUCUGCACACAUCUUGGACUACUGCUCAUAAUGCUUUAUGGAUGUAGUUAUAAAUAUUAAUGAGCAGCUAUUUGCACCUAUGUUGUGUAUUUGUGCCUUAUGCAUAGCUCAUAGGUAUUAUAAAUGUGCGAUCCUUACCUGAAUGAAUCCCUAUGCAUGGAAAGCGAGUGUAGGUUGUAGGCGUCAUUUGGACCCCAUAUCUCAUCUUUUAAUAAUCUCUGAUCUUAUCUGAAUACAAGCAUUUUCACUGAAUCUGUUAGUCUCCUUUAGUCCAGUGUUGUGCCUUUUGUAGUUGUAAUGAAGCAGUCCUAAUGCCCCCUCUGUCCCUUCCUCCUCUUCCCCCCUUCUCUCUUCCUCUCCUCUCUGUCUCCUGCAGACGGUGCAGCUGCGUGGUGCCGCCGUCAUCAAGGCCAGGAAGCUCUCCAGUGCCAUGUCUGCCGCCAAGGCCAUCUGUGACCACAUGAGGGACUGGUGGUUCGGCACUCUUGAUGUAAGCCAUGUGUUUGGGAGGUGGGGUGGAAUGGUGUCAAGGAUCUGCAGCAAACCCCUUUUUUCCAAACUCCAUAAAACACUAAUAUUUAACACUUAACAACUAACAUUGUUCAAAUGUUUAUAUUUUGAAAAGCAAUAUCUCGGAACAGAGCACCGUAACCCCUCUUUAUUUUCAAUCUGGAAGAAUCCACAAACAUGCAAAGCCUUUUGUUUGGAUGUCUCAGACAAAUUCAUUUGAAUUGACUGUACUCUUCAGUGGAAAAAUAAUAUCAUAGGGUUGCAAAAUUCUGCAAACUUUCCCAGGAUUUCUGGAAAACCUGGGAAUUUGGGGGGAAGUUACCAAAAUGUUGUGUUUUUUGUGAAGCUGUGUCCCUGGCCUGACUGUUUGUCCUGUUGUUAUUUUCAGGGUGAGUUCAUGUCUAUGGGUGUGUACGCUGGUGGAAACUCCUACGGAAUCCCCGAAGACCUCAUUUACUCAUUCCCUGUUCAUAUCAAGGUAAGGCAUAACCAUAGAGAUGGAUAGAGGGCUCUUGUGCCACAGUUUAUUUACGAAUUGCCAAAACUUGUCACUCAUAGCCCUCAAUGGCACUGCUCGUUCUGUCACAGAAGAGGCCAUUGUAUAGAUAGGAGAUGGGCUGUCUAGCAUUUCUAUGGGCAUAACUAAUCAACCCUGGCAAAGUGUAUUAAUAGAACAUACAUAUAAUUUACCGAUGGGUGGUUAUUGAAAGUCAUUGUUACCCAACAUCAGCUUUUCAGAGUUUAGGUUAUACCAACAUAGGCCUACUAUUGCAAGCCAGCAGUGUACACUGACUUUUGCCGCAUUCAUGUGCUAUCAGAAAAUUGUGACAAAACUGAUGUUACGCAGAGCAUUAUGGGUACUGUAGUAGUGUACUGUAGUUGUGAUCCUGGACUAGAUGAGAUGUGCUAAAGAGCCCCCUGUUUGAUCCUUAUCCAUAUUCUCCCCACAGAACAAGUCGUGGAAUAUCCAUGACGGUCUGCCCAUCAACGACUUCUCCCGCUCCAAGAUGGACGCCACAGCCGCUGAGCUGGUGGAGGAGCGAGACACGGCCCUGUCCUUCCUGAGCCAGUGACUCGCAGUGCCACCUACUGGCACACCGCCACAACAGCAGCACUUAGAAAACCCCCAGAACCCUCCUGACUCACGUCUGUGACCAAUACCCCCACUCGAGUCCCGCUGCGCACUUGGUGUGUGUGUGUACCUCUCUGUAUGUAUGUGUGGUGUGUUUCACUUUGUUAAUCUCUUUAAGGUAACGGUUAUUAAUAAUAAACCUGUAAUUAAAAAAAAUGCUAUCUAAACGUUGGCCUUUGUCGGAAGACACUGGAGGAUUGUCCUUUGGGUAGAUGAUAACGCAACAAUAGUUCUACUGUACUCGUACAUGUUAUCCAACAAUAAAAACAGAUACAACUGAUAAAUC